CUCGCGUCUUGCUCAUGAUCCACAUCCACGACGUCCAUGUCCGACUAUGACUUCCGCACUGGCGGCAGCCUCAAGUUGAGAGGCGUUGCUGAGGGUGGGAUUGUUAAGAAGAAGAAGCACAAGUCGAAGUCAAAGGACAAGGAGAGGGAAAAGAAUGCAGAGAGUGAGCUGGUAACGGAGCUCGAGUCGCUGAACCAGGAGGAAGCCGCCAAGAUUCCCUCUUCAUCGGGCAGCGGCAGAAACUCUCCUGCGAUCGCAAGUAGUAGCGAUAGGAAGACAGCAGCGGAGAGAAGGUUCGAGGAGGUCCAGAGGAAGCGGCUCGCUGCAAGGGUCGCGAAGCAAGCUAACAAGACACACAAGGACCGUGUCCACGAGUUUAACAGCAAGCUGGAGGCUCUCAGCGAACACCAUGACAUUCCCAAGGUAGGACCAGGCUAAUGCGCCUCGUACUGUACUUCGCCGUGUCUCUAUAACGUCGCGCUGCUCCUUGUAAACUACACCCUUGUGUCAUAACAAAGCCUCUGGCGGUGAUGAAACUGUUGUCAUACAUCAUACGGUUGUCUGAGAGGAUUGGAGGGUCUCGGAUUGGCCAGAGGAUGCGGAUAUUACCAUCGUGCCGUAUCAUUGUUUAUCGUGUAUUUGUCGCUUGACGGAAUUAGAAUACGUCGGUCCUAUAAACGUGACCACCCGCUUCCGCACCUCA